AUGCCGGAGCAGAGCAACGACUAUCGUGUGGUGGUGUUCGGGGCGGGUGGAGUGGGAAAGAGCUCCUUGGUCCUGCGCUUCGUGAAGGGCACUUUCAGGGACACCUACAUCCCGACAGUGGAGGACACCUACCGCCAGGUGAUCAGCUGUGAUAAGAGCGUGUGCACCCUCCAGAUCACCGACACUACAGGGAGCCACCAGUUCCCAGCCAUGCAGCGCUUGUCCAUCUCUAAAGGCCACGCCUUCAUCCUGGUCUACUCCAUCACGAGCAAACAGUCCCUGGAGGAGCUCAAACCCAUUUACCAACAGGUCUUGGCCAUAAAGGGCAAUGUUGAGGCCAUCCCCAUCAUGCUUGUGGGCAACAAGAGCGAUGAGACCCAGCGAGAGGUGGAGACCAAGGAUGGGGAAGCCCAGGCUAACCAGUGGAAGUGCGCCUUCAUGGAGACGUCGGCCAAGACCAACCAUAACGUAACCGAGCUCUUCCAGGAGCUCCUCAACCUGGACAAGAAGAGGAACAUGAGCCUCAACAUCGACGGCAAGCGCUCGGGGAAGCAGUCCCGUGCCGAGAGACUGAAGGGCAAAUGCAGCGUAAUGUAAAUCCAGGCGAGUAGGAGACUGGAGGUGGAGGCGAGAGAGGAGGGAGGAAAUACAGAGAAAAAGAGAAAAAGAAGAAAGGCGAGAGAGAAGAGAGACUCACUACAUGUAUCACUCAGAGAAAAACGUCUGGAAGGCAACAGGAAACUCAUCAUCCACAUCCUCCUGACUGGUGCAUUCGCAAACACAAAUCAGCAGUUAUUUUGAAAUCAUACAGGAUUUCAGUUUGAAGCAUUACAUCCAUGUGCAUUCUGCUAAAAGGAGGGAUGAGGGGGAGUUGCGCAGAAUAUUGAGAAGCAAAUUUGAAACAAGAAGUGCGUGUCACAGAUGAUUUACCUGUGGGCGUCCGCCAUAGUCGGACAGUGUGGGUGUGGGCUUUUGCAUCAUCCAAGUGCCACAAAGCAUGGCCGAGGAGCUCAUCAAGACCUUGGACUGCAAUAGAAAGACCACAGGCACCAGCACCCCUUGAAAAAAGACUGAAGGUUUCUCAUCUACACAAAACAUUUAGUGUCCUCUCUCACUUCUACACCCGCCCCUCCUGCCCCGCUCAGCUCACACCUUAAGUCCCCCUCGUCCUCCCAGCACCCUCAUCCUACGCAUACCCCCCAUACUAUAACAAAUAUAGAGAAAUGUAAUGUAUAUGUAACAGAGUCGACACAGUUAGUUAAGCUCACUCAUCUGGUAGAAACACUAUUUUAAGAGACUGAGGUGACCGUCGUGCUAGAAAGCACAGGUUUGAGACUGCUAGCAUGAACAACACGCAUCACAGCAGCAAAACAUACGACCCAGCUACACCCCAGAGCCACUCCUGGGGACUCUGAUGUAUAUAAACAUGGGAUACUUAAAUAUAUUCCAAUUAUUUUACACAUGUCCUGCCCAAACAAGUAAAUCAGUCACAGGAGUAUGGUUAAGUUAGUUUAGUUAGCUUAAAAUUGUGGCUAGAGGACAAAUCUCAUCAUAACCAUCCCUCCUGAAAAAUGAAAAAGACCCUACUUUACCUUUAUCAACCUCUCGUUAUGUUGAAAACUCAUCUGCAAACUCUCUAAAUGUCCUCAUCUGAAGUGGAGAAACAUCCAGCGGCAGGGUACACACACGCUACUGAUACGACGCAACAAUCCUUUUAAGACUCUCAUCUAGUGUAGAAUCACUCUGGAUGAAAAGAAGAUGGACUCUCAUCAAAAUAUGAAACAGAAAUACAAGUCUGCCUUGAGGAUGAUACUCUUGGAUAAUCAUUUGCCAAGCUGGUAAGACAAAAGCCAACGGGAAUGAUAUUUGGUUUUGAGGUUGUGAAUGUCACUGAAUGGCACUUUUCAUGUGAAAGUUCCCUUCCUUUUCCUUUUUCCCUUGUUUAUUUACUUUAUGAUGCUCUUUAAAUUCAUGUUAAAGUUCUUUAAAAAAAACCCACCUUAAACAAAAAGCACAGAGGGAAAGAUAAAUAAAUAAGGGAUGGAUGUAAAAUGCUCCAUGCAGAUCAUUCAAUGCGUUUCCUCUUUGAUUGGUUUGGUCACAUUACCUGUCAUACGCUCAUGCAGGCACCGGUAAAUGGAAACAGAAUGGGUCUCACGCACGUACACACAACAUCACACAGACAGCACGCGCACAAAUGCCUUCAUGCAAUUGUCUAAAAAAGUUAAUCUGAGUAACAAAAUUGACUAAAAAAUUACAGGGCUCACUCAGCCUAAAUGCCCUCACAUUGCACUUUAUACCAUAAACACACACACACACACACACACACACACACACAACUGUAAUUUGUCAUAUUCUUUUGCCUAUAUUAUGCAUUCUCUGCUUAACACAGAAUAUCCUCCUGGAGCCAUUAAAUAGCUCCACUGUAUGUCCAAAGUGCAUGUAUACACCCUUUUUUUCAUGCAGGAGCUCUGAAAACUGUACACAGUGUACACAGGACAGCCAAAAGCACAAUACUUUUUUACCGACAUAUCGUUUUGUACAUUUGUUUGUAUUUCUUUUUUGUAUAUUGUUUCUUUCUUUUUUGUCUUCUUUGUGCGAUUUUCAUCUUUCAAUAUUUAUUCACCAGUCCUGAACAUAGAGGAACAAUCACAUCAUAUUCAUAGGUAGCUCUCCGUCUUGAUGUUAAGGUGUUUUAAUUGUCCCGUUACAUGGCACAAUGAGGUUGUGGUUCUGCUGAACAACAGGGUACCGUGAUGUGACCGGUUAGCUGUGGUCAUGAAGCGUGUAAAAGUGGCGUCACCCCACAGGAUUGUAGCUCGUAGGACGCAGAGGAGGGUCAGAUUAUUUUGUCCACAUUUCUCCAUCUCUCAGGCCGUUUUAACAACAAUCUGGGUGGAGGAUAUUCUACGCCUGUACUGUUAUACCCGAAGACACAGAUAAUGCCCCUUUUAACUAUGUGUAAAUCUCUCUGGAAAAAAAGAAAAAGCACAGCAACUGUUUUCCUCUGUCCCCUUCUCUGUCUUUAUGUGUGCAGCAGAAUCAACAACUGGGCACUUUAGGGUGACAUUUUACUUGAAGACUUGCUUAUUAAUCAGCAAUGCCUCAUUUAUAAGCACCAUGUAAAAUGUCCCUCCCGCAUUAUUCAUGCCCCCAUAUAAAAACUACUUAAAAUGUGUAGUUUUUGUAAAUAAGCAUUAUGGUAGUUGAAUUAAAUAUUUAUAAGAGCUUCAAGUAAGAUGUUACCCAUGUAAAGAAAAACUGUACCCGCUGUCUUUCUGGGAAUAAGUCCUUUGUAAUCAGGAAAUGUUACAGUAGGAAGUUUGAUGUUGCUAUGUACUGUAAUAUACAGCUUAAUAAUGAUGCUCAUCAUAUAUUGUAUUUGACACAUCAGAUCUAUCAAUCAGAUAAUACUAGCAAAAUGUGAAUAUGUAACUAAAGGUUCCACUCCAUGGCUGUUACUUUUUUUAUUUUGAGAACUGAAUGAAUCUGUUGUUAUCGAUGUGUUGUACUUUGCACUAACGUGAGGUCCUGUUAAACUCAAAAAUCUGCAUUGUAAACGUACCCUUUACCUGUUAGAUGCCAGGAAUGCUCACUCGUACAUUUUCUUUUUUUCUCUCCAUACAGUUGUAUUUGCAUUUGUUUCAGCCUGUUAAGAUACCAGAAGGAUGGAGUGAUUUCUGUCAUGUACCUACCUGAUGUGUCCAUCUAAAGGUUACAAAGUAAAAACAUUUUAGUAAAAACAA